GGCGUGUUUUUUAUGCAUUAAAAUAUACAUAUAUAUAUAUCUACCUGUUAUAAUAUGUUACAUUAUAUGUAGGUAAUAAUAAUAAUUAUCAUGAAGAUAUUAUUACGGUCGCGCGUGCAAUACCGUCGGACACCGCCGACGUCCGAGUCGAACGUAAACGAGGAAACUCGGUGCGUCCAAUAUGUUUUUUAAUUUUUAAUACCUAUACCAUAUAUUACGCCGGUGACGUGCCGACGCAGACGAUCUCCUCGUCCGCUUGUUGCCGCGCGCCGAGUCCGUCGGUGUAAUAGACAUUUGGAUCUUCGCCGGCGUGGGAUGUGUCGGGAAUUUAAGAAUUAAAGGCGGCACCCGAUGKGAAACGAAACUGAUGGGACUUCGAAGUUCGUCACUGGCCAAGAAAAACGACGAUACACUGACAUGGGUAUUGCACAGAAGAGAUCUUUGUCAACAAGAACCAGACCAAAAGCCUCAUGAAACAUAUAAAUGUACUCUUACUCUAAAACACAAAGUUCUUCUUCAGUGUAAAUCGUCGAUCGGUCGACCGGGCAACAUACCAAUGGUGCUGUGCACGGGAUGUCUGCUGUACCAGACGCAGCUCGACGACCAUUACCAGACGGAGGUGGCGUUACCGCUCGGUAUGGUGGUGAACGCGGUGUUCAAGAACGAACAGUGGYUGUACGUCCAGACGCCACAUGCCGAAGAGGGGUACAUUCCGUACGGCAGCUGCCUGCCGCUGGGAAUCGUGCCGCCGCCGGACGCAGCUCGGGCGCCGUGCUGGGAGACCCAGUCGGACGUGUUUCCAAGACCGGUCGGCGACCGGCGCCGUCGCGGUCGMGGCCACAGGAGUGGCAGCGUUGGAGGGUUUGGCAAUGGCGGAAGCAGCGUCGUUGACGAUUACGACGACGACGACCAAGACGUCGCCACGCUGUUGUUCCGGCGUCGCCACUGUGAACGUGACCAUCAGUCGUCACCACCACCGCCACUUCGGCGACCCUCUGCCGCCACUAGAUCCAUCACUAGCUACGGGUAUUUGUGACGCCAUGGUACAYGCAGCAUAAAUGAUCAUCAUAAUUCUUUAUGGCACCUAAUAUUGUGUAAAGUCUGCGUGCCACUUACUAUAUUAUGUACAUACUGUUCAAUGUUAUAUACCGUCCACCAUCACUUCUCG